AUGGAGGAUUUAUAUUCUUCUAUCUGGCAUCAUCAUCAUGAGAGCAUUGAUGAGAUGAGGCAGAAUCUACAGAACACUCUGUGCGAACUAGAGACACUGAAAAUGGAAGCCAAUGAGAAAUCAAGAACACACGCGGAAGAAAUCAACCAACUUCUCACUCUCCUCAAAUCCACUCAACAAGAACGAGACGAAGCUAGACAACACUUAUCUCAAUUCCUUAAUUCAAGAAGCAGCACUGAAUCAAACAGCUUCUCUCGUGACGAAUCUUCUUCUUCUCCUUCUUCCUCAGAACUCUCCAGUUUCCUCAACAUUCAUCACUCUCAGCCGUCGAUGAUACACGAAGAUCCAACGGCUCAUAAUCAUCAUCAGCUCGAUCCUCUGGACGCUCUCGUGAUGGGUAAAGCAUUUCCCGAAACGGGAAAGCUUUUGAAAGCGGUGGUGGAAGCUGGACCGCUUCUUCAAACGCUUCUCGUGGCGGGACCGCUGCCAAAAUGGGUAAACCCACCGCCUCAAACGCAAUCGCAGCGUUUUGAAUUACCUCUUUCGACUCCUCCUCUCUCAUUUAGAGGGUUUGAUGUUAAUAGUAGCGGCGCGUCGGGACGAUGUGAUUCUCUGACGUGUUCUGGUUCGGUUAUGAGAUUUGGUUUCGGUUCGAGUUCGGUUCUCGAUCAAACGAUGUUAACCGGAAAGAGGCCGAGAUUAGAAGAGUAGUCAAUCGAUCAUUUUACGAGAUUUUAUCAGAGCAGUAUUGUAAGUUGGGUGAUUAUUUUGUCCCUUCUUUAUGAUUCUAUCUUUGGUUCGACCGGUUCGGUU